UGUGUCAUAAUUAAUCGGAACAUGGCGGCUUACAUACUUGAAGAACUCUAUUUCCAUAUACUCCCUGGAUCUACUUUCUCCAUCUCUCUUUCUCUCUCCCUCCCUCCUUGUCUAACCCCGUCAAGGAGAGGAGAGACACAUCUGUCAAAACUCUCCUCCUCUUUUUAAAGCAGACAGUGUAGCACUCAUCGUCGACAAAAGUAGAGUUGGAAUGGAGUUCGGAGUCUCCGCUGGAAAAGGCCUCCGCUCGUGAGAUAGGCUUCCAGCCUGUAUGUGCCGGCCCUACCAAGUGGGGUUUGAAUUUCCAGCGCUUCCACGAACGGCUGCGUCGGCGUGGGUGCUGCUGGGCAAAAGCCGCACGAAGGAAUUCCACUGGAUUCAGCUAUGCGAGAGGAGAAUUAAGCGUUACAUCACUCGCGCGCCUGUCGCCCGCUGUCAGCGGGCCAUCCAGCGACAACAAGCGGCUUCACCUCUUCACCCGUCUAACUCACCUGUCAUGGAAAACAAGAGUAGCAACAAUUUCAUUAGUUACGUGGGACUGGAGGAGCACGAGCUGCAGACCUUCAGCUCCAGUCGACGUAAUUCACUGAUUGAAAAUAGCAUCAAAUUAUUGCCGGGAGAGGUUCUUAUCGCCGAGGCGCAAAGUGUCCUUAUGUUCUCGCCCGUCAGCGACCUGAAACAAGGCAUAUCUGGCGUGCUGUCGGUGACCAAUUUCAAGCUUACCUUCGUCACCAGCGGUGACUCAAAUGGAGAGAACGUUACUCGCCAACAAAAUCACUUGUAUGGAUAUACGGAUACGUGUUUGACCAAUAUCGAUGAGAUUUGUGUUACGGUGGGCGACAAGAAGAGAAAGCUACUUCCCGGCAGUACGGUACCGUCGAAAGUGAAAGGGAUAUUUAUUAUUUGCAAGAAUCUAAGGACGUGGUCGUUUUCUUUCAAAUUCUCACCCCUCGGCCACGGUAAGAAUCUUCUGACCGCGCUGCUACAUCACGCUUUUCCCAGCAGACACCAACUGUUAUUUGCCUACGAUUACAAAGAGGCUUAUUACAGUAGUCUCGACAAGAAUGUGCAACUAUUCCGAGAAAUUUCAGACUGGCAAAACGAGUUGAAAAGAACUUUGUGUAGCGACGAGAUAAGAAAAGGUUGGAGGUUGUCCAUGGUUAACGCCAAAUUUCAGCUUUGUCCCAGCUUAUCGCAAUACGUAGUGGUACCUGCGUCUGUGACCGACAAUCAGUUGACAGAUGCAGCCAGACAUUUUCAAGGUAAUAGACCACCGGUAUGGUCCUGGACAAAUGCGCACGGUGCGGCCUUAGUAAAAAUGUCUGAAUUAUUACCAACGAUUACAGAGAGGAUGCAGGAGAAUAUUAUGUUUGAAAAUGUUCGUAAAAGUCAUCCUCAAAAGAUACCUCCGGUUGUUAUCGAAUUGAAUAAAGAAAUUAAUGUAAAGUUAAUAGCGGCAAGUUUUACUAAAUUCAUUAGCUUAUGCACACCAGAAAACAUCAGACAAUUCUGGAUUCAAGAUAAUAAUUUUUAUUCGCUGUUAGAAAAUACGAAAUGGCUUAAAUACAUAUCGUAUUGCCUACAAAAGACAGUUGAAGUCUGCGACCGUCUUAAUUUAGGAAUUUCCGUCAUCUUACAAGGUGCCGCCAGAGACUUGUGCUGCGUUAUAUCGAGUUUAGCGCAAUUGUCGCUGGAUCAUCACUUUCGUACUAUAGCAGGUUUUCAAUCGUUGUUGCAAAAAGAAUGGGUCGCUGGUGGCCAUCCGUUUUGCGAUAGAUUAGGCCACAUCGUGAAAACCAAUUCGGAAAAGUCUCCAUUGUUUCUCUUGUACCUCGACUGCGUUUGGCAAUUGUGUCACCAAUAUCCAACGGAAUUUGAAUUCACGGAAACGUAUCUGACCACGCUGUGGGACGCUGCACACGUUUCCAUUUUCGACACCUUCAUUUUCAACUGCGAGAGAGAUCGGGCGGUGGCAGCUAUGGAUCCCAACACGCCUCUCGUGCUUCGUAGCGUAUGGGACUGGCGGGAGCAGUUCAACGAUCAGGAUAUCCUGCUGUUUUACAACCCUUUAUUCGUUCCCCGUAGCGCCGACAAGACGGAGAACGGGACGACAAUUGUAAGACCUUUGUACGCGGUUUCUAGUCUCGAGCUUUGGACGCAGUGCUACUUCCGUUGGAUACCGACACUCGAGAUUCGUAACGGCGGCCAGAGGCACGUCGAGCUUUACAUUAGGUUACUACAAAACGACGUAAAUCAGCUUGGAAUAAACGAGAAUCGCGUCUCGCCGGUGGACAAGGUCGGUACCUGCUCUCUUCACACAAAUAUCGACAGCUUUUAUCCCUUCAGUAACAACAGAUCGGGGAACACCGUCAGCGCGCCGAUUAUGAACAGCUCGAUCCUCUAUAGCGAGAGCUUGUUAGACGCGCAAUCAUUGAUAACCGCGAACGAUUGACAGGAUGUUACUUUUACGGCAUUCAAAACGCGUACCUGAUUACACAGCCCUUUCCUUCUAGCGUGAAGCAACGUGUAAAACUCUUUCUAAAAGAGUUGUCGAAACUUUUGUAAAGGAAAGGGCAAUUUCCAGGGACAGGUAUACACAUAUGGGCCAAUCUCGCCGUCUCCGAUUAACUUGAUCCUCCGAUCAAACUCACUCUUCAUCUUUUUCUAACUUCCCUCUUAGAAAGAAACGAAGAGUGAGUUUAAUCGGAGGAUCAAGUUAAUCGGAGACGGUGAAAUCGGCCCAUAGUAUCCGACUCAUCAGUGGCAUUUUCUAGCGCUCGAUGUAAACUGAUAUAAAUUUAUAUCAGGGAAUAGCUUUAAAAUACGUGCCCGCGCGAGAAAUUCAUCGCGUUAUUGAGAGCAGCUCGAGUUCUAUUCCGUGUAGAACGAUAGAAAUAUUUAUAUAUCUUGACAACGAGUUUUAUAAACGCUCGUAAUAGCGAACCGCGCAGCGAGGACGGAGUAAUUUUAAGAUAGGGUUAAAGAAGACAUGUACAUAAAUCUCAGUGCGAGCGAAAACGAGGAGGUGGGUGUCUUUCACUCUUCGGCGACACCCUUACUGUUACAAAUCGAUAAAUAAAGUUUAUAAUUGAA